CUAUGAUAUCAUACACUCUGUGUUUUGUGUGGUUUUGUUUGGUUAAUAUUGAAUAUUUCUUGUAAUAAUAAAAUAAAUUGAAUUUAAGAUUUUAAAAUGAAGGACGUAAUAGACGUUAUGGAAUUGCAAAGGGGUAAGGAGAAAAAAGCUCCAAUUACUGACUACCGACAAUUGGAUUUUGACAGAGGAUUUACCCCAGCAAGAUUCAUUUUCGAGUGUGGAAUAAAAUUACAUGCACAACCACUAACACUCGCAACAGCUGCUGUACUUAUGCAUAGGUUUUUCAAAUCGGUUGAUCACACAAACUAUGAUUGUUUUCUGAUUGCUGCCUCUUCUUUGUACUUGGCUGGUAAAGUAAAGGAUGAUCCACUCAAAAUAAGAGAUAUAAUAAAUGUGGCUCAUAAUACACUACACAGAGGAAGCAGUCCCCUAGAAAUUGGUGAAGAGUAUUGGAGUAUGAGAGAUGGCAUUGUUCAAACUGAAUUAUUAUUGAUGAGAGUAUUAAAGUUUGAAGUAUCCAUAGUGCACCCACACAAAUACAUGUUGCAUUAUCUCAAAUCCUUGGAAGGUUGGGUUGGAAAAGAAAGCUGGAACAGUUCACCCCUAGCUAGAACAUCUGCUGCUUUCCUGCAAGAUUUCCAUCAUGAUCCUAGUAUUUUAGAAUAUGAACCUCAACACAUCGCCAUUGCAUGUAUUUCUCUGGCUUUACAAGUCCUAGGUAUAAGACUUCCUUUGAUGGAAGAAAAUGAUGAAGUUUGGUUCACCAUAUUCUGUAAAGACUUACAGAAGGAUAAAAAUUGGGAAAUUAUGGAGAAAAUCAUGGAAUCUUACAAUCGGGAACUGGAACUGGCAUAAGCGAGAAAUAGGCUAAUUGUGACUUUAUUUUGUAAACAUAUGUACAUGAAUUUGUCUUGAAAAUAUAUGCAGUAUUCAUUCACUACCA